CCCCACCCCACCACGUGACCCCAGCGCCCCCCAUGGUGCACCGCGACGGGGGGGGCGACCCCCCCCCCCCCCCGGGAGGGAGCGGAGAGCGACGGGCCCCCGGACCCGACGGCGCUGGAGCUGCAGGGGCUGAGCCUGGAGGAGCCGCCCCACGGAUCGCGGGACCCACAAGUGCCGGAGCCCCCGGCGGCGGCGGCGGUGACGUCGGAGACGAUGACGUCAGAGGCGGCCGUGACGUCGGGGGGGCAGCUGAUGUUCGCCCAUCGCACCGACCGCCGCUGGAUACUUGUGGGGCAGCGCGACGCCCCCUGCAUCCUCGCCCUGCGCAGCUCCGUCCAGGGCGCCAUUGGGCUGCAGCGGGCCGGGAGCCUCCCCCGCCGCCGGGGGGAGCGUGGGGGUCGCCCCCCAACCCCCGCCCCCGCUCCCACCACGGCCAGGGCGUCGUGGCUUUGCAGCUGGACCCCGAGUCCUACAGCACCUGCCUCCAGCUGGCCGAGCUGCAGCGCCGGGUGCGGGAGGCCAUGGCUGAGCGAGAGCGGCUGCUGCGGGCACGGGAGGCCCGAAGAGCCGCCGAGGCCCCGCCCCCCCCGGCCCCGCCCGUCCCCGAGCUGGACCUGGCGGGGGCGCUGCGGGCGCGGGGCCACGCCCCCGAGGGGUGCCGGGGGCUGCGGGUGGCGGGGGGCGGCUGCCGGGGGCCCCUCACCAAGCGGGGGGGGCGCAUCAAGACCUGGCGCCGCCGCUGGUUCCACCUGGACCCCCAGCGCAGGGUGCUGGCCUACUACGGCGACAAGGAGGAGACGAAGCUGAAGGGCGUCAUAUACUUCCAGGCCAUCGAGGAGGUCUACUACGACCACGGGCAGGUGGCCUGCAAGAGCCCCAACCCCCGCCUGACCUUCUGCUUGAAGACCUAUGACCGACUCUUCUGCCUGGUGGCCCCCACGGCUGAGGCCAUGCGCAUCUGGAUGGACGCCGUCCUCACCGUCACCCAGUGGGUGGGGCCACCCUGACCCCGGCCCCCCUCCCCCCCGUGGGGGCCACGCCCCACACCUGGCCACCCCCGACAAUCCUCUGGGGCACCUCCGAUUCCUCUUCCCCCUCCCACAAGGCCACCGAAUCCCUACCGUGGCCACCAAACGGCGUUCAAAGAGCUGAGGGCGGCCACCAGUAGCCGCCUGGGAGUCCCCAAGGGCAGCUGGGACACCAAUAGGCAACGGGGAACCCACCAGAACCCAACUGGAAGCCUCAAAACCCAACUGGGAAGUGACCAGAACCCAACUGGGGCCAUCGGGAGCCUCAAAACCCAACGGGGGCCACCACGAGACAACGGGGAGCCCCUUCCUCCCCUGGGGCCGGUUGUUAUUAAAGGUCUUUGGU